AUGGCCUUCUCGAUGGCCAAGAAAGGAAAGGCGUCCAAGGGGCUCAAGGCCUCAUUGCGACGAUUCGAAGAAGCCGAGAAGCUCAAGAAGAAGCGGGAACAUCAAUUGGCGUCUCAGAAAAAAUUUGAAGCUCAGAAAAAAAAGUCUAUAAGUGGUGGUGGAAAAGCCCAGUCAAAUCAGAAAGGCUUUGUACCUUUUAAUACCGAAAACACAGUCCUUUUAGUAGGCGAAGGAGAUUUUUCUUUCGCCGUUUCGGUUGUCAAAAAUAAUCAUGUUCUUCCAACUAAUUUAGUGGCCACAAGCUACGAUCGCCGCGAGAUUGCAACUGAAAAAUAUACCACCGCAGCCAACAAUUUGGAGUACCUUGAAAGCCGUGGAGUGAAAGUCUUGUUUGAAAUCGAUGCUACAAAGCUACCACAAACUUUGGGCUUGAGCUCAAAGAAAAAUAAGCUGACGCUCUUCUCUGCUAGCCAGAAGUUGGAUGUAAUUCUAUUCAACUUUCCUCACACAGGCAAGGGUAUAAAAGAUAUGGAUCGAAACGUACGAGACCACCAGAAGCUAGUCUUGCAAUACUUUCAAAAUUGUAACGAAUUGUUUCCUAUCGUCAAUGAACGGUCACUUGACGCUGCAUUUUCUGGCUAUUCGAAGGCUAAUGAUGAACGAAUAAUUUUGUCAACUUUUGAAGGUGAACCUUACGUUUCUUGGGGUAUAAAGGCUAUUGCAAGAAGCGAAGACUGGAAGGUCCAAAGGUCGGGUCGUUUUGAUUGGGAUCUUUUUCCAGAAUACCAUCAUCGUCGCACAAAUAGCAUGAAGGACACCACCAAGGAAGCCAGUGUCAGAGAUGCUAGAAUCUACGUCUUUGAGAGAAGACUCGAGGAACCGCUCGACAAAACGCAGUAA